GGUCUCACUGCAGUGUGGUGGUAUUGGUACUGGGGGUCUCACUGCAGUGUGCUGCAGGGUUCCUGUGCGGGGCCAUGGUUCCUGAUAAGGACGGGGUGAGUGCGGCCGUGGUGGUGGCAGAGAUGAGCUCCUACCUGCAGACCAAGCAGCUCAGCCUCACCCAGCAGCUGCACUCCAUCUACCAGAGGUACGGGUUCCACGUGUCCAGGACGUCCUACCUGCUGUGUGACCACGCCCCGACCGUUCUCCGCAUCUUCAGUCGGAUCCGGAGCUACGAGGACGGCUCGUACCCGCGCUCCUGCGCCGGUCACCGGGUCGUCUGCGUCCGGGAUGUUACCGUGGGUUACGACAGCAGCCAACCAGACCACAGAUGUACGCUUCCAGUCACGAAGAGCAGCCAGAUGAUAAGCUUCACUUUAGCUAACGGUAUCCGAGCAACGCUGAGGACCAGUGGAACCGAGCCCAAGAUCAAAUACUACUCCGAGUUCUGCGCUGAGCCCGGAGAAAGGGUGCUGUCUUGUUUGGAGGCGGAACUCGAGGAGGUGACUCGAGUUCUGGUGGCGGAACUCCUGGAGCCUGAGAAGAACCUCCUGAUUGGCCGAUUAGCCUGAUCGUAUCUCUCUCUGUCUCUGUCUCUCUAUGUCUGUGUGUGUGUCUGUCUGUGUGUCUCUGUGUCUCUCCCCUCCCUGUGAGGCUGAAGGAUUAUAAUAGCACUGGGCUCAUAGAGCAGGUAAACCUUCAGGGUCCUGAUGUAGUCACAGAGCCCUCCUCCACCUCCUUCAGGGUCCUGAUGUAGUCACAGAGCCCUCCUCCACCUCCUUCAGGGUCCUGAUGUAGUCACAGAGCCCUCCUCCACCUCCUUCAGGGUCCUGAUGUAGUCAGAGUCCCUCUCCCUCCUCCACCUCCUUCAGGGUCCUGAUGUAGUCACAGAGCCCUCCUCCACCUCCUUCAGGGUCCUGAUGUAGUCACAGAGCCCUCCUCCACCUCCUUCAGGGUCCUGAUGUAGUCAGAGUCCCUCCUCCACCUCCUCAUGGUGGUGUUGUGUUUGCCGUAGCGCUGCUCUAGCUGUCCCUCUAGUUCCCCUCCUGCCUCAGACUGUCUGAAAGGCUUAUUUAUUUUUCUAUGUACAUAUCUAAAGCACAAGGCGAGCGCUGGGCUGUUGUUUAGAUCGCUGGUCAAUGUGGG